GAGUACUUAGAGUCUUUACAGACCAUUCCCUCCCAAACAGGGGGAACAUCCACCAUCUUCAUAUUAGUCAAAUUUCUCACGUCUGAGGGCGUGCUGGGCUGCAUUCAGAAUCACUUUCAAAAAAUGGCAGAGACUACAGUAGCUAUAGUAGCAGCUAUAGUAAACCUAUCAAGCAGGGCCUAAGAAACUAGCUGUUGACAUGCAUGUGUUGUACAAGAGUUUAUUUGUCAUACUUCAUUCAAUCUCAUCCAAAUUGACAUCACACACCCUUCAGAGAAGCAUUCUGAUGCCAUGAGCAGAAUCAUGGUGCUCAUAAUGCUCCCAACGUCAGUCUCUCAAGAGUGCGUUAACGGUAUCUGAUUCACUGAUCAGAGAUCAAGGAAUCAUGACACAUGCGCACAUCAAAGUCACUCCUAGCAUAUAGCGUCGUGGCUAGGAAGCAGCCGGUGAGACCGGCCAAUUCAGGCGCCCAGAGCUGCCGCUGCAAGCCGGAUGGCAGUGUGGCAGGGCCCCUCACAGUGCCUUGCUCAUCUUUCAAUGACUCAGCAGCCGCUGUCACCACUCACUUGAGCGCCUGAAGCCGCCGUUGCAAGCCGGGCCCACUGUGGCAGGGUCCCCUCACAGUGCCUUGCUCCUGGCAGGCCAGGGCCACAGUGAGCGCAAGCUCCAGCC